GUGGUGGUGUGCGUUCUAUUCGUGCAAUAGAGAGUCGAUUCUCAAAAGUGUUUUCUUUUCGUGCAUUCUAUAAAAACACGGUCAAAACAUGUCCAAUUUAAUGAUGAAUGGUCUGCUUCAAUCGCGGCAUCCUAUGAUCGCGUUUCGCCGGUUCCGCGGCAAGAUAAACAUUCAGCGGCCAAGGCAACCACAUUAUGAAAGAGCUCGGGUGCUCGAGAUCGUCAAACCGUUCUACAAGAAACCGGAAUUCAAUGCACCGUGCCUAGAGGCUCAACGAACAAUUGAACACAAAAAGACAGACAAUCCCUAUGAAGUUAUAAUUGCGCGUGAAGCCCGCAACUGGUUCGAGCAAAGUCGCCUCGUUGCCUUUCUGCACAUCAAUUCGUUCCGGCAAGAAGACAUGUUCAAAAUGCAGGUUGCGUUGCACCGGCACAACGUGACGGUGAAGGUGUACGGCAAGUCAAUCAUCCACAAAGCGGUCCUAGGGACAAAGUUCGAGGCAAUACUACCACUAUUCGCGGCGAAAACUGCCCUCGUAUUCGGUUCGGACGAAAGGAAAAUUACCCAGCUGCUGAGUGUGCUGAAAAAAACGCCGCAAGUCGUGUUGCUAGCCGGUAUCGUCGAGGGACGGUUUCUCAGCCGAAAUGAAUUUGUAGCGUACGCUGGCAUGCCCGAUCUGACGACUGUUCGGGCCCAGCUGGCGGCGGUUUUGCAGGGUGCCGGUGGUAAACUCGUCGGCGAUCUACAGUGUCACCAGCGGCAACUGGUGCAACUUUUGGAAACAUACACCAGAAGUGAUGAAAAUAGGCCCCCGAGCGCCGGGUCAGCCAGUGAUAAAGAGACCAGCUGAACCAUAGUGAAUUCCAUUUUGGAUGGCCGUAGUACUGCAUCGGAAAAAUAAUUAUGCGAAUUG